AUCGCGGUUCGGCAAAUGACAUCAACAAGCAUCUCAGCUCUCAACAACAAUUCAAACAAUCUCCAAAAGAAAAUGAGCUUCAAAAUCGCCUGCCUCCUUCUCUUGGCCUGUGUUGCCGCCAUUCACGCUGCCGAAGCUCCCAAGGAGGCCGAUCAGGGACGCAUUUUCUUGAGCACCUUCACAGUGAUCCUCUCCACUGUCACAUCGACUACCACAGUCGGCUCGACCACCACUUGCACCACUUCCACAUCCGCACUAAACACAUGCUCUGUUGGUCGCCGUCGUCGUGGUCUCUUCUACGAUGACGCCGAGAACUCCGGCCGAGCUCGCCGUGGUCUCUUCUACAACGACGAUGAAGCCGAAGUUUCUGCCCCAGUUAAGAGAUCUGCCGAAGUCGCUGCUCCAGCUCCCCAGGUAACCACAGAUGAGAACAAAUCCGUCCCGUUGGUCGUCCAGUCUGGAUUCAGCCUUCCCGAAGGAUUCGUCACCCCCUCCGGAACUCCCCGAUUCAAGUUGGCUUACGGAACCAGCACGGUCACCACCACCUCCACCUCGAUCGCCACCCGAUCCUUGACGGCUACCUGCGCCAGCACCACAAGCUUCAGCCUUUGCUCCUCAGCUGGCAAAUAAGUCGCUAUAUUAUUCGACAGAAUAAUAGACCACUAGAACUUUAUUACGACAAUACCCUGACGUGCCCUGUAUAUCACAAAUUGACAUAUGUUUUCCCAUAUUGUUUGAUGCUUCUUUUACGUGAAGAUAACUCGUCACCUGUAAUUGAAUGUGUUUUUGUAAAACGUUUUCCAAUUCCCGAUAUGCUUCAACACAUAUUGAACAUUUCGGGAGUAUUUAUCCAUUUAUGAGUAUUUCCAUGGGACUUGAAUAUACAGUUCAGCAGCACUUUAUAAACGAA